AUUGUAGUCUUCCUCUCUCCUUCCUCGUAGCUACCAGCUCCCUGUAUUCUUCCUUUUUCAGGAUUCUCUCCCAAGGCGUUCUUCUGUGGAAUAAAACCGUUGUUGAAGAUGAACUGUUAUAGUCUUCAGCAGAACGCCUUUGCAGCCUGUGAAGAGAUGAGAGGUUCUGUGAACUUGGCCGAUCAGAAGGAGCCUGUCAUAUGCCCUAAGCCGCGCCGAGUCGGGGUGUUAUCUAACACGCCUGCGAGGCCCUUAAGAUGGCAUUUCAAUCAACAGGCUGAGGGUUCUGAUUCAAAAGCUGGGGCAGAGCUACUAGACAUUAUGUUCAAAAAGGAGAGUCAUGGAGAUGAAUUUGCAAAUCAGGUAGCCUCAUCUCCUCCAUUUUUUUGUGGGUCUCCUCCGGUCCGAGCUGCAAAUCCCUUGGUCCAGGAUGCUCGAUUUGGAGACGAAAAGCAGAUUCCGACAUUGACAGUUUCAUCGCCAUCAGGUUUACUGUCUCCGUCGUCAGCAUCACGCAAAGGGGGAUGUGUUAGGAUGAGUUUUGGACUUAAACCGGCUGCAGUUAGAGUAGAAGGAUUUGAUUGUCUUGGCAGGGAUCGCCAGAAUUCUAGGAUCCCUGCUGUUGCUUAAACUCCAAUCAGAAAAGUGUACAUAGAGGAAGCUAAGUGAGACGACCAGUUAUAAAAAUGACUUGACAUAACUAGGAAGAAAAAUCUUUGAGUAGUUUAAGGAAAAUGCUGAAAAAGCAAACCUUGUGUUCUUGAGAAGGUUUGAUAUGUAAAAAGCAUGUUCUUUUUGUAAUAUAAGGAGGUUUGUUCUGAGUGUCUUCUAAUUUUUUUAGGUCAUCACCUCGAGAAUGUCCUGUAUAGAGAGUUGGUGAUUUUGCUUAUCAUCCUUGUAAAUAUGUUUAUCUAAAUUUCAAAGUAUUUGUAUUUAAUGAAAUUAAACUGGUAUUUCUAAUGAGAAAUGCCAUUUGUU